GCUUUAACUCCCAGUGGACAGAGUUUACUUUGACAAACACAAUCGUAUACUGUAGAGGACCUGCAGCAGCAAACACAGACAGACAGGAGUCACUUGAUCGGAUACUGUGGAUAAAAUAUUGGCAAAGGUUUCCAGUGUCAAACUCGACUUGAUGUUCAGGAGAGGAGAGGAGCUGAACUCGGGAGGGACGAAAACCAAAGCACUAGCUCUGUGCUGUAAAUGGACAGAGUGAAAAUCUCUUAAAAGGAGAAGUAUUUCAAGGGUAUUCUGUGCCCUUCCUACCUGGAUAUCCUCUGCCUUUCUGAUCACGCUACAGAGAGCCACAGAGAUGGAUGUGGCGGCUGAUCAGCCCCGCUGGAUGCAUCCCCACGCCGUGCUGAACGGACAACACCCAGACUCUCACCAUCCCGGCCUGGGGCACAACUACAUGGAGCCCACGGCGCAGCUCCUGCCUCCGGAUGAGGUGGAUGUUUUCUUUAAUCACCUGGACUCACAAGGAAACCCAUACUACCCCAACUCUGCCAGGGCCAGAGUGUCCUACAGCCAGGCGCACGCUCGAUUGACGGGGACUCAAGUCUGCCGGCCUCAUCUCCUUCACAGCCCGGGGAUUUCGUGGCUGGACGGAGGGAAGCCUACCCUCUCGGCUCACCACCACAACGCCUGGGCCGUCAGCCCCUUCAGUAAGCCCAGCCUGCACCACCCUGGCUCUGCUUCCCCCGGCGCUCUCUCUGCCGUUUACCCGUGCAGUAGCAACUCAAACGCGGUCUCAGCAUCCUCUUUAACGCCGCCGUCCCACUCCAGCACUCAUCUAUACACUUUCCCCCCUACACCACCCAAAGACGUAUCGCCGGACCCGGGGGCUGCGUCUCCAUCGUCCUCCAUCACCAGAAUGGACGAGAAGGAUUCUAUCAAAUACCAAGUGUCGCUACCAGAGGGCAUGAAGCUGGAGGGCUCCAGUCCGCUGAGAAGCAGCCUGGCCUCUAUGAACGCCCAGCCUCCCACCACCCACCAUCCCAUACCGACGUAUGCUCCCUACACUUUCCCAGCGGCCCACGAGUACGGCAGCAGCCUGUUCCACCCAGGCAGCCUCCUGGGCUCCUCAUCCAGCUUCACUCCCAAGAACAAAGGCAAGACACGGUCCUGCACCGAGGGCCGUGAGUGUGUAAACUGUGGAGCUACCUCUACACCUCUGUGGAGACGUGACAGCACUGGACACUACCUGUGCAACGCCUGUGGGCUGUACCACAAGAUGAAUGGCCAGAACAGACCGCUCAUCAAGCCUAAACGCAGGCUGUCUGCAGCCAGACGAGCAGGUACCUGUUGUGCUAACUGUCAGACGACCACCACCACACUCUGGAGGCGCAAUGCAAAUGGUGACCCGGUGUGCAACGCCUGCGGCCUCUACUAUAAACUGCACAAUGUGAACCGACCUCUGACCAUGAAGAAGGAAGGAAUACAGACGCGAAACCGCAAAAUGUCCAACAAAUCCAAAAAAUGCAAACGGCCCAGCGACAGCUACGAGGAGUUUUCGAAAAGUCUGCACGACAAGAGCUCUCCCUUCAGCACUGCCUCUCUGGGUCACAUGUCCAUGGGCCACUUGCCGCCAUUUGGCCACACUGGACACAUGCUGCCUACACCCACCCCGAUACACCCAUCAUUUAGCCACCCACACCACUCUAACAUGGUAACGGCAAUGGGCUGAGAGGGUGAUGUGGUGUAGAGUGGUUACAUGAAGUGGGAUGAGGGUCUAACUAGAGGAUUGUGUGUACAGUGUUACAGGCGUUUCUUCAUCUUGAUUGAUGACGCCAGUGGUGGGUUGGAGAAAAGAUGCGUGAUGAGGUUCAACAAUCUUUUACUCCUUAUCUAUAGGUACCAAUAUUGAUGGAGGAUGAAUCAGCUUCCUCCCGGCCAGGCGCAGACAUUCAAACAGAAAAAUGUCAUUGCACCUCAAUCUUCUAUUCCCACUGAUGGCCUGGGCAUCUACAGUGCAGCUUAAUACGUGCGGAACAGGUUCAUAGUUGCUGUGAAUAUUGUAAAUGUGUGCAACUGAAGGGGGGCUGUCCCAGAAAGAGAAAUCCCCUUCACAACUUUAAAAGAAUAUAUGCUGGAUUUUUUUUUUCUCAUGGACAAUUUUAUGGGAAUUUUCACAAACAAGAAAACAGAAAAGAUUUAUGAAUUCUAAUUUGACACUGUUUAUUAUAAUUAUUGUUAUUUUAAGUAAUAUUGUUAUCCAGAUAAUUUAUUUUCACAUUUGUUUCUCUUUUUUUGGACUAU